CAAAAGUAUUUUUGAAAAGUUCAAAACAAGUAAAUAGCACUUUUGAAAAGAUAUGGAUAUUUUCACAAAGUGGGUUAAAAUUCAGGGAUACUUUCUAUAAUUUAGCCAGGAUUUCAAUAUUAUGGAUAUUUACCACCAAAGUGACCCCUCCCCCAAUGAUUUAAUGUUUUUUUUUUUUGAUCCACCAAUAAUUUAGUGUUACUCUCAAAAGAAAUCUCAAGUUAAAAUAAAAAAUAAAAAACAUAAAGUAAUAGUAUGUCAACCUUUCAAGUUCUUGUAAAAACGUGUGGACGGUGAGAUCCAUGAAAGAAAAAAGCUGCUCUCUCUCUCUCUACUCUCUCUUUCCACCCUUGGCGUUUUCCUCUCUCAAGGUUGUAUAAAAAGAGAAGGCAGUGGAGAGGCCGGAAUCAACAGGGAACUUGCUUCCUACUAUUUAUCUCAACACUCUCUUCCAACCCCCCCGUUUCCCAUCUCUUCUGCUUCAAAAAAGAAAAAAAAAACAACUUCCAACUUCCCACAUCCCAAACAGUAGGACAGGACAGAGAGAAAACGGGGGGAUGGCACUGGCGAAUGAAAUGAUCGGAUCAUCUUUUCUUCAAAAAUCAUCACUGGUUUCUUCGUCUAAAUUGUUUCAAAGUGGCAGUUUUGAGAAGCAGUUCAGGCCAAUUUGGGUUCCAGGGGAAAAGAUGAAGGUGGUGCAUUUAAGGAAGGCUGUGAGCGGCCCUGUGGCUGCAAUUAGUGAGGAUUUGAUCAAGGCUCUGCCCUUGGCCGAGAAGCCCGUCAAGUUCAAGGUGAGAGCCGUUGUGACUAUAAGAAACAAGAACAAGGAAGACCUCAAGGAGACAAUAUUUAAGCAUUUGGAUGCUUUCACCGAUAAGAUUGGCCAGAACGUUGUUCUUCAACUUAUCAGCACUGAGAUUGAUCCAAAAACAAACGCUCCAAAGAAAAGCAACGAAGCCGUGCUAAAAGAUUGGUCAAAGAAAACCAAUGUAAAAGCGGAGAGGGUAAAUUACACAGCAGAGUUUUUACUGACCUCGGACUUUGGAGAGCCGGGAGCAAUCACGAUUGUCAACAAGCACCAGCAGGAAUUCUUCUUAGAGACUAUCACACUCGAGCAAUUUGCAAGCGAUCCUAUUCAUUUUCCCUGCAAUUCCUGGGUUCAGUCCAGAAAAGAUCACCCUGCAAAAAGGAUAUUUUUCUCUAAUAAGCCUUACCUACCGGGUGAGACACCUGCAGGGAUUAAAGCAUUAAGAGAAAAAGAGCUUAAAGACAUUAGAGGUGAUGGGAAAGAAGAAAGAAAACUUUCUGAUAGAGUAUAUGACUUUGAUGUGUACAACGACUUGGGAAAUCCAGACAAGGGAAUAGAAUUUGCUCGGCCAAGGCUUGGUGGCGAGAAAAUUCCAUAUCCUAGACGGUGUCGCACCGGACGUGCCCCUACCGACACGGAUAUAACAGCAGAGAGUCGAGUUGAGAAACCGUUACCCAUGUACGUGCCAAGAGAUGAACAAUUUGAGGAGUCUAAGCAAACCACUUUCUCUCUUGGGAGGCUUAAGGCAGUUCUUCACAACUUAAUUCCAUCUCUCAAAGCUAGCAUUCGGUCAAAUAAACAAGAUUUCCAUGGGUUUUCAGACAUUGACAGCCUUUACAGUGAAGGGGUGCUCCUUAAAUUAGGCCUGCAAGAUGAACUCCUGAAGAAGCUCCCACUGCCAAGAGUUGUGAGUGAGUCCAGCCAAGGACUGCUAAGAUACAACACGCCCAAGAUCCUUUCCAAGGACAAGUUUGCCUGGUUGCGAGAUGACGAAUUCGGCCGCCAAGCAAUAGCAGGAGUAAACCCAGUCAACAUUGAGAGGCUCAAGGUUUUCCCUCCAGUAAGCAACCUUGAUCCCGACGUUUAUGGUCCACAGGAAUCUUCCCUUAAAGAAGAACAUAUUCUCGGCCAACUAAAUGGAAUGACCGUGCAGCAGGCAUUGGAUGAAAAGAAAUUGUUUAUAGUGGACUACCAUGAUGUUUACCUUCCAUUUAUCGAUCGGAUCAACGCUCUCGACGGCCGGAAAGCCUAUGCAACUCGCACAAUCUUCUUCUUGACUCCGCUCGGAACUCUCAAACCUAUCGCCAUAGAGCUCAGCCUUCCACCAACCGGACCAAGUUCUCGAUCGAAGCGCAUCGUGACUCCACCUGCCGACGCCACCAGCAACUGGCUAUGGCAGCUCGCCAAGUCUCACGUCUGCUCCAACGACGCCGGAGUCCAUCAACUCGUUAACCACUGGUUGCGGACGCACGCGAGCCUAGAGCCAUUCAUACUGGCAGCACACAGGCAACUGAGCGCAAUGCACCCAAUCUUUAAGCUCUUAGACCCGCAUAUGCGGUACACGAUGGAGAUCAACGCGCUGGCUC